AUGCGAAAAUACUAUCGGGCUGCUCUCGUAAUAAUUGCUGUAGUCAGUUUUAUAUCUUUGUUAGUUUAUAGACAUGAAUAUAAUAAGUUAAGAUAUGUUUUAGAAGUUUUUAAUUACUUUGGCAAGCCAAAUCAGAAAAAUGAAACAAAUUGCACAAAUAACGUGUCAAUGUUUACUAAAUUUGAUAUGAAUUUUGAAGAACCAUUUUCUUCUUGGCAAAGAUUAGACAAUGAUUUAUAUGUUUACUCUGCAUAUAAUAUACGUGACAAAGAAAUUCAAGUAAUAGGUUUUGGUUCAUUAAAAAAUAUUAAAGAUAUACAAUGUGCGAUAUUAUUUGAAAAUGAAAUUAAACCAAUUUUAGGAAGCUUUAGUUACCUCUUAAUUCAUAAUAAUUUAAAUAUUACAAAUACUGAUAAGAAUUUUAAUUAUAAGGGAUAUCAUUUUUAUUGUGCAUACACUGAAAAUAAAAUACCUAUUGGAGUAAUGUUUCUUAUAAAACCUAAUUCAAAUCUUAAUGAUGUGCUUAUGUUACCAAUCAAAAAUCAAACACAUAAUUUAAAUUAUGCUAAUAUUGGAGUAUGUAUAACACCACCAUUUACCAAACCAAUACAACCAUUACAAAUGACUAGUUUUAUAAAGUUUCAUGGCAUAAUUGGUAUGGAUAAUUUUAUAGUGUAUGACUUUGGUAUUCCAAAUCAAUAUAAUAGCAAUUUUAAAGAACUUUCUAAAUCUCAAAAUCCAUAUUGGAAAUUUACAUAUACAUUAGUGCCAUGGAAUUUUCCUUUUCCUAACACUCAUCCUACUAUAAUAAGAGAUCUGAUUCAAGCAGAUUGUCUAUAUCGUACAUAUAAUAAAGUUAUGUACAUUAUUACUUUAUCUUGGGAAGAAUACAUUGUUUUAAAAUAUCAUCAUACCCUUGUAGAUUUAAUGAUUGACUUUAAAAGAUCUGGACUAAAAGCUGAUUGUUACAAAUUAAAAACAUUAACUUUUUGUACACAACAAACAGAUGCAAGUAAUAAAAAUGUUACAUUUAUGAUAUUUAAAAAAUUACAUUAUGAUUCAAGUAUUCCUGAUAAUCAACCAAUUUAUAUUUAUAAUACACAUGAAGUAUUAAGAAAAAAUAAUAUUUAUACUCGAGACAUUGGAGAAGAUUUAGUUACACUACAUCGCUAUAAAUAUUGUUUUGGAAAAUCAAGUACAGAAACAGACACUGAAGAUACUUCAAUUUUAAGAUUCAUUGAAGAUAUGGAGAAUUCACAAAUAUUUAGGAAAUUUAUAACACAAAAUAAAUCUUUACUGAAUAAUAAUAAAUGA